GGCGGGAGAAGAAAGGACGGCGGACAGUGGUGAGGGCGGUGAGAUGAAGACCGCCAGGAUUUCGAAGACAAGGAGUGGCGAGCCAGAGCUAAGCGAGGAGCUCUAUCAGGCCGCAAUCUGCAUGGAGGAGAGGAUCCGCGCGCUGCAAUCCGCCGGUUGGAUCGGCAAUGAAGGGGAAUCGAUGGAGAUUGGCGACGGCGGCGAGAUGGAAACGGGAGGGAAGUCAUCAACGGGGUGGAGUAGCGCCGCGUCCCUAGAGCUCGAGGAGCUGCUCCACCGUGCCGCAAUCCUCACCCAGACGAGGGCAGGCGACGGAGACGCGGAAAGCGAGGAGCUGCUCGAUCUGGCCGCAAAGGAGAGGAUCGUCGGCCAGGCAGGCAACCCACUCUCCUGGGAAUUAAUAAGUGAGAUCAUGCCGGAGUUUGAAGCAAAGGUCGGCGAGUCGGUACUUCAGGCAGAAGAGACCCGGAAGGAGGCGGUGGCCGUGCUGAGCUUCGGCUUCAGGCUGCACUUGUUCUCCGAGCAGAUCGAUGAGCUGCGGCACGAGAUGUGCAGCUUUCUGAGAUCGUUCUCGUCGGAAAACAAAGAUAUAAGGAGCACCAUGAUGAAGUUUAUCUCUGAGCCGUACCUAUCCCGUAUCAGCAAAUUGCAGUUGAUCUCUGACCGUAUCAGUAUGCUCCAGCGAAUGGACUCAGACUUCGACUCCAAAGUGAAAUCAACGAUCAUCAAGCUAAAAUCAGAAUCCUUCUUGUCAGCCAUGGAGGACGAGCUCCGCAGGGCAGGCCAAGAAGAUUCCAUGGAGAUGGAGGAGAAGAGAUUCGUUGCCUUCCAUCUCUAUUGGGAACGUAUAUGGGGCAAGGAUGGCCACAGCUUCGAAAAGCAGACGAUAUUGAGCCCCAUGCAAUUUACACAUUGCACAACACGCCGCUUCCCAACUGAAGCUGUCGCCGGGAACACCUUGCAGAUCUACUCCAUCAAAGUCUCACUAGCAGAACGCCAAAGGUUCCCACUGGAGGUGUAUGGAGUGGUCGCAGUCCGUGAUGCUGUGGACCGUCGUCGCAACCCUCUAUUCCUCUGUGCAAGAAUGCACUGCCAAAUCCUUGAAGAAAAUGAUUCUUUUUUGCACUUGACUGGCCCGGUUCGUGCAAUUGUCUCGAUGGAUACUGUUUACAUCGAAAUCCAAUUGAUAGUGAAGGGCGCAACAAAAUCUGAAGAUACAGCGUUGAUCAGUACAUUUGGCUUUUUCAACGGUGAUAAUUCCAGUACCUAUCUCGCCAAAAACAACUUGUGCACAGUGGAGUUAUGCUAUGAACAAGUUAAACAGUCGGUCCAGGCCACUAUCCUCAGUUUGGGUGUUAUACCCAAACAGGAUUCAUUGCCUUCUCCACAUGGCGGCAGAGUAGUUUGCUCUUCACUGCCUCAGGAUGGUCAUGAAGAUAUCGCUGGGCAAGUAUCAUCUAGGCAAGUUUUGCUGCUUGAUUCAAAAGAUGGAAAAAUGCCUAUGACGAGCAAUGGCUACCUUGAUCUGGCAAGACAUGUAGUUUCUGUGGAAUUAAAUGGAAAGCUGCAAGUCCUCAUAAUGGCUGAUUCACCAUCACAGACUGCAAUUGCUGCUCGAUUCCUCCUUACACCCAAAAAAUACAACACAAGUAAAUGUGAAUAUCCCCUUGCUGAUGGCUCUAAGGUUGAGAUUACUGUUGCAUGGUCCCUUGUUCCCUCAACGAUGCCGCAGUCAGGUGACAGUCGUGAGGACAGUGGGAUGGCGACUGCAGGAAAUUCGAAGGGAAAGAGUGGCGAGUCCAUGUUUAGCGAGGAUCUCUGUCAGGCUGCCAUCUUCAUGCAGAAGAGUAUCUGCUGGAUCCAGGCCCAGGAGAAGAAGAUGGUCAAGAUUGGACACUACGGCUCCGAAGAAUACAAUAAUCUUCUGGUGUUGAAAUCCGAUAUGUACGAGUUGUCGAAUAAGAUCUUCGAUCGGGUCGACUACAGGACCCAAAAGAGGAUCUGCGCGAUGCAGAAUGCCUAUUGGAUCAGCAACAACAGGAAAUUGACAGAUACCGAGAGCAAAAUGGGCGACGACAUUGAGAUGGAAACUGGAGGGAAGUCGUUGAAGGGAAGGAGUGGCGAGUUUAAAUCGGCGACUAUUGGCAAUGAAGACAGAACGGUACAGACACAGAAAAAGAUUGGUGACGGUGGCAAAUCGGACUCCAAGCAGUUCAAUGAGCAGGAGCAGUUCAAGGAGCCGCCGGUUAAUAACUCGAUCCCCAUGGCUGUAUCUGUCAGAAACAAGAUUGAGGAGGAGGCAGAGGCAGAGACCGUGAUGGCGGAGGUGGCACCGAGGGUCAGCUUCAAAUCAGCUCUGCUCUCCCGGCAGUUUGAUGAGCUGUGGGACAACAUGAGCCAACUAGUUUCAACAGAACCAAAAUUUCUAGCGAUAUGCAUACUUAUUCGGGAACCCUUCGAACGCUAUUGCUCCACAUUGAAGUUUAUCUCUGCAGUUUUCGACCGGCUUGGUCAAUGGGUGCCAGAUUUCAGAGAGAAAAUGGAAUUGAUAAAGGAAGACAAGGACAGGGAUAAGGAUGUGGAAGCUGAGGAUGUGUAUGAGGCGACGAAGAUGGCUGAGGAGUAUUAUUUCAAUGCUUAUCGUAGAGAUUGGGAAUGUAGGCGCAGCAACUUUGGCAGCUUCGAAGACCCAACGUUAUUGAGCCCUAUGUACUUUACCGACAGCAUACCAGGCCACACCCAAGUGGGUGCUGAAGUCGGGAGGACCAUGCAGGUCUACUCUAUUAAAGUCGCAGAAAGAGAAGGCUUCACCCUCGAGUGGCCACUGAAGGUAUAUGGUGUAGUUGCUGCCCGAGAUUCUGUGGACUAUCGUCGCAACCUUCUCUUCUUUCGCACUAGGGAUGACUGCCAAAUCCUGACAAAACAGGUAUGCAUGGGUGUUUUCCUGUUAUUUCCUUAUUGUUUGCAUCUUUGUUGGCAAGUUAAUGGUGAACAAUGAUGCUUGCAGGAUC